AUGUUUGAAAAUAAUGUUAAACCAGAUGUUGAGAAUUUUGUAGAUAAAUAUAUCAACCCAAAGGCUUCUGGUAAUCGAAAUUAUAUUUCUGAUGACCUGGAAAUUAAUGAUUCGGAAAAUAGAGAUUACUACGGCUUUUACCACCCGAAUGGUCUGACAAAAAAAGAGCGAAUAGUCGAAAGUAAAUAUCGGAAAAAUGAUAUUCGUCGUGUUGAUAAAUGGCUAAAGAUGAUUAGUAAGUGGGAAGAAGUUGAUUCUUUAUGGCAUCGUAUGUACAAAAAUGGCAGAGCUUCGGAAAAGUUAACCCGAAGAAUUUUUAAAGGAAUUCCUGAUCGAUUUCAUAUUUAUGCGAAAAUGCUCAAACAAGCUCUAUCUUCUUCAGGUUCACUCAACCAAAUCGAUUUAGAUGUAAAUCGAACAUUUCGUAAUACAGUUUACUUUCGUGAUCGUUACGGUCCACGACAAUGUGCAUUAUUUCGUGUUUUAGCUGCUUAUUCAGUGUAUAACUCUGAAGUUGGAUACUGUCAGGGAAUGAGUGAGUUGGCCGGGAUAUUUCUUAUAUACAUUGAAGAUGAAGAGGAUGCAUUUUGGGCAUUGAAUCAACUGAUGACCAGUUAUCGAUAUAAUAUGCAUAGUGUAUAUGUCUCUGACUUUCCUGGAUUAAAACGUUUAUUUGCCCAUCAUGAACGUAUUGUUCGUAAAUUGUUGCCCAUAUUGGAUAAACAUUUUACUAAACAUGAUAUGUUAACUAGUACAUAUGCUUUGAAGUGGUACAUGCAAUGUUUCUUAGAUAGAUUACCUGUUACCCUAGUACUUCGAUUAUGGGAUAUUUACUUAUUGGAAGGUGAAAAGCUACUCUUGGCUAUGGCAUACAAUAUACUGAAAAUGCACAGUAAAAGAUUAUUACGAAUGGAUCAGAUGCAAAUGACAUCAUUUUUUCAAGAUGAACUGGUCAAGGACUUUUUAUUCGAUGAUGAUGAUGUAAUUGAUUCACUAAAAGAUUGUUUAGAGUUAUUACAUAAGAAUAAAUUAGAUACGCCUCCGCCACUGACUUCCGAUAUGCUACCCAAACGACUUGGUCAGUUCAAUUCGGAUCCAAUUUGGCGCAAUCGUAAUGGAACAUUAAUGCCGAGAACAAAAACUGGAACCCUUAAAUCCCACACAGGAAGUCCUUCAUAUAUAAAACCACAAUUAAUAGAUCAGCCCAGUUUCAAUGGGAAAUUACGUGCUCGAUUUUCUCCGACCUAUUUACCUAAAACUCUGUCAGUCAAUCCAAUUACUUUAAGCUCUGCCAGUGUAUCGCCCAUAGUUUCAAAUUCAUCAGGUUAUUCUCCUGGUCUUGCUACAUCUGCAUCAAUAUUAACUGUUGCUGCAAUGAAAAAUAGCGGUCGACUCUAUGUUCCAGCAGUCCGUUCUUCGCAAACAUACGGAACUGGUUCUAAUUACACAUUCAUAAGUAAUCAAAAGAUGAAGUUGGAUCAUAUUCCAUCGUCAAUGUCCGUAAUUCAUUCACCUUCUUUUAGUGUUGAUGAGAGCAUCUCUAGCAGCGUUAUAAGUAAUAAUGUUCUGAGUAUUCAACACCAAUCACCGUCAAUAUCAAGUCAAUCUCUCAUCAAUUCUCCCGAUGAAAGUUAUGCUACUACAGGUGGUCGUCAUUAUCGUAUUCCGACAAGAUUAUCUCCUAGUUCCAAUCGUUCUAAAGUACUACAUCGUUAUGAAUUGGAUUACGAUAAAAAUAAUGAUAGUUUAUCUGUUGAGUCAAAUCCUGCAAUACAAAAAUCCUCACAACGACCUUUAUCAAGAUUUACACAGAAUAAAGAAAUUAUUAUUAACCGAACAAAUGUUGGGUAUAGUAGCGGUAUAACACAAAAACCGGAUAUCCCCAUCAUUUUAACAACUUCAUCAAUGACACCGUCAUCACGAAUAAAUCGGUGGACAAGUGAACAAAUUUUAUCAGUCAAUGUGAAUCGUCGCUCAUCAACUACUAGUUCUGAGAUAAGUCUUGAACAACCAUGGCAGAAACGUGAAAAGUCUCCGUUAAAAAUUGAGCAAAAAACAGUUAACAAAGGUGAUUAUUCUAGCACUGGUAUAAAUUCUUCCGUUGAUGGUGUAAUAACCAGAUUAGACGAAACAUUAGUGCCUCCUGCAUUGUCAACAACAGCCAACAAAUGGAAUAUACCUAAUCAUUCCAAUUAUCCAACUGUUGUUAACUCUAAUUUUCCCAUAAAUUCAUCAAUCUAUUCUCCAACCAGUCCUAAUUUAUCAACUGAAUCACAAGAUACAAAAUGUUCACAAACUGUACUUACCUCAUCAUCAGCAUCAUUGUCGCCAGUAACCAAAUCAAUUCAAAUUAUCCGCUCGCAAUAUGAUAAAAAUGAUAAUAGCGGUGUAGAUGGUUACUAUCGUUUUAAUGUUUCCAUGAAGAAACCAUAUCUGGAAUCAGUACAACCAAUAAAUGGCUAUGUACGUCGUAUACCAUCAGUACCAAGGUCAAAAAUAAUCAUAAAACCAACUGAGAUCAUUAUGCCUGAUCCAAAACCAGUUUCUAAAGAUGUUAAUAAAAAAGUAAUUACAAUUCAGUCAUCGAAUUAA